AAUUCAAGACAAAUACUCGGAUUCGGGCCUAGGGCAAGAAAAACCACUCCUCAACCCGCCAUUCUCACUCCAGAACCAAGACCCCAAACCUACUCUCAGAAACCCUAAUCUAACAAAACCCAUAAACCUAAAGGAACAUCGUAGAGUUUGAAUGAAAAUGGCGGAAUCAGAAGUUUCGUUGAAAGAUCAGGGAAAUGAAUUCUUCAAAUCUGGAAACUAUCUCAAAGCUGCUGCUCUCUACACUCAGGCCAUCAAGAAGGAUCCCUCUAACCCUACUCUUUACAGUAACCGUGCUGCUGCAUUUCUGCAUCUAGUUAAACUCAACAAAGCACUUGCUGAUGCUGAGACAACGAUCACUUUAAAGCCCGACUGGGAAAAGGGUUAUUUUAGGAAAGGUUGCGUAUUGGAGGCCAUGGAACAAUAUGAUGAUGCCCUAGCUGCCUUUGAAAGAGCUUUGCAGCACAACCCACAAAGUUCAGAGGUAUCAAAAAAAAUUAAGAGGCUUUCACAGUUGGCAAGAGAUAAAAAGCGAGCUCAAGAAGUGGAAAACAUGAGGUCCAAUGUUGAUAUGACAAAACACUUGGAUAUUUUGAUAUCUGAACUUUCUGAAAACUAUGGAGCUGAAGAGUGUUGGAAAGAAAUUUUCUCUUUCCUUGUUGAAACAAUGGAGGCAGCUGUAAAGUCAUGGCAUGAAACUUCUAAAGUGGAUGCUAGAGUUUAUUUUCUUCUUGAUAAGGAAAGGACAGAAACUGAUAAAUAUGCCCCAGUUGUUAAUAUCGAUAAGGCAUUUGAAUCACCCCACACACACAGCAAUUGUGUUUCAUUUCUGAGGCAAUAUGUAGAGGAUUCUUUCUCCGGGGCAGCUUGCUUAGUGGCACCCAAAAGUAUUAUAUCUUACCCACAGGUCUGGAAAGGUCAAGGAUCACGAAAAUGGAAGCAUGGACAAAAUGAUGGAUUCUUUGUUCAAUUUGAAUCUCCUUCCCUGCGAAAACUAUGGUUUAUUCCGAGUUCCACUGAAAAGGGUCAGACGUUGUGCAGGGAUCCAGUUGUUUUGGACAUUACCGCCCAUGAAUUGCUCCCACGUCUACUCAAGUAAACAUAGCCUCAUUCCCAGUGAUUUCUUUGUCUUGGUUGGAAUACAUCAAAUAUCAAUGGCUGCAAGUUAAAAUAGGAGGCCUGUACUUUUGAAAGAACAGAGUGUGCAUCUGCCCAAUGUAGUGUUGAAGAGCGGGUGUGCAAUAUUGUGAUAAAGGCGUGCUAAACAAUUGCAAGAAAAUACUUAGGAGUCCAUGCAUGUACUCGUCCUUGAAGUUGAUGCAAAGAUUCUGUCAAGUUCAUUCGUUCGUUCUUUCUUCAAUUUUUUUUUUUUCCUCCUCCCGUUUGUGUGAUUGCAUUAGCGUUUUCAGCUAUGUAACUGUAAUCAAGUAUACAUGCUAUGGUCUUCAUGAAUUUUGUGGAGGUGCCUUGAUCUGGGAUGUGAAGUUCAUGUCUUGGGGUCUCCUGGACAAAAUGAGCAGCUCAAAUCACUACUAUGCUGUUCUUGGGAAGGUGCAUAACAGAGAAGUUUGUUCUUUUGUGCUUGGAAGUGGAUUUAUGCUAAUGAUAUUACUCUCA